AAAAUGAUGCUAAAAAGGAAAACUGUGAAAGUUGUAAUAAAGAAAAAAGUGAAACACAAGAAGAAAAUUUAAAUAAUGAAACUGUCGAAGGAUGUUCAACUGGUAUGUGUCCAUUACAAAAAAAUGAUGCUAAAAAGGAAAACUGUGAAAGUUGUAAGAAAGAAAAAAAUGAAACACAUGAAGAAAAUUUAAAUAAUGAAACUGCCGAAGGAUGUUCAACUGGUAUGUGUCCAUUACAAAAAAAUGAUGCUAAAAAGGAAAACUGUGAAAGUUGUAAGAAAGAAAAAAAUGAAACACAAGAAGAAAGCUUAAAUAAAUCAUCUACAACAAAUUCAACGAAUGAUUCAAUAAAAGUAUCAAAGAAAAAAUCCAGUAAUAAGAAUAUGAGAGAAAACAAUAAAAAAGCUCACAAAAAAAAGACAAAUGAUAAAUUAAGAAGGGCACAAUAA